AUGCAGCACUGAUAGGCGGCACUGAUAGGUGACAUGAUGGGGGUACUGAUAGACGGCACUGACUGGCAUCACUUCUGGGCACUGACUGGCGGCACUGACUGGCACAACCCCUGGGCACUGACUGGUGGCACUGACUGGCAGCACUGCUGGACUGCACUGGUGGGUGGCACUGGUGGGCAGCACUGGUGGGUGGGCACAGGUGGGUGGCACUGGUGGGCACAGGUGGGUGGCACUGGUGGGCACAGGUGGGUGGGCACAGGUGGGUGGCACUGCUGGGCACAUGUAGGUGGCACUUCUGGGCACAGGUAGGUGGCACUGCAGAGUGGCACAGGUGG